AUGGCGAGGAAAGAGAGCAAAGUCGGGACGGACGGGCCAGCGGGGGAGGCAAACGCGACGCAAGCGGCGGCGGAGGGAGUAAGCUGCCCAACGCCCCAAGGCGCGAAGGCGGCCCGAGGCAAGGAGGGAGGAGGGCCACGGAGAGCGAGGGCGGGGUGGGCAAAGCGGGGAAGGCCGAGACGAGAGGGAGGCGGGGAAGCUAGGACGGGGGCGGGCAAGCAAUCACCCGGGGGAGCGCCAGGCCAGGGUCGCGGGCAGGAAGGGCUGGGCCAACGCCGGGGCGCAGGGGCGGACGGAUUGGCACAAAGGGACACUGGGAACGGGAGGAAGGAAGGAGGAGGAGAAGGGGAGGGGACAGGGGGGAGAACAGGAGGAGCGGAGCCGAGCCCGGCUGAGCGCCAGGGGGGUGGCAGGUGGCCAGGGAGCCAGGAGGGGGAGGAAGGGGGAAAGGAUGCCGAUGACGGCCAAGGGAGGGGCGCGAACCGCGCGAGCGUGCACGCGGCGGGAAGGCGAAUAGGGGCGGCGGGCAAAGGACGCAUGGAGGGAGAGCAGGGGCAAGGGGGGGACAGGGCGGCCGGGCAAGAUAGGAACGGAGAGGGGCGCGGGGGGGGAGGAGGGGGCCAGGUCGGGGGACAUAGGGCAGAAGACGGGGAAAAGAGGGGGUGA